AUAAAUCGAUCAUUAUUAAAAGUACAUAAUUGCUUAAAAUAUAAUACUUCAGAAAAUGUCAUUGCUGCCCACAAUUAAAGAGGAAUCUAAUGCGACAUGGCUGAAACAUAUGUGGCAAUGUCGUUUGCAAUUUGAACUAAUGAUGCCAGCUGCAAUUGUUUUUGUUGCUGGCGGUUUGAAGAUGGGUUGGUCUGUGUACGAAUUACCAGCGGCCCAAUAUGAUACCGAUUUCAAUCCCAAUUUUUUAACAAUCUUAUGGUUUAUUGGUGUAAUUAUGGGUGCUUUGGCGGCAUCACUCUUCGUUGGACGAGUAACCAAAAAUAUUUCUCAUAUUUUAAGUGGAUCUCUUUUAAUUGUUGGUGGUAUAUUAUUCAUCCUUAUGCCUACAACGUACAUUGCCAUUGCAUUCAGUUGCAUAUUUGAGGGCACAGCAUUUGGCUUGCUGCAAUUACAGGCAUUCGUUACUGGCGCGGAGGUGGCCAGCAAAGAUAUACGUGGUUUAGUAAUGUCAACCGAACGUUGUUUUCUAUGGUUUGGAAUACUGUUGCAACUGACAUUCACAUAUAUUUGGUAUGCUUUUGAACCCACAACUGGCCAUACAAUGCAUGUGGAUCAAAUGCAUGGCAUUGCGGUUGCAUGUUUAGGUAUCACAGCCAUUAUCUGGACAUUUAAACUACGAGCUGAAUCUCCUUUGCUGUUGCUGCAGCAGCAACGUGAUGCGACGGCAACUGUGGUAUUGCAACGAUUGCAGGGUACACAUUCAACCAACACUGAAUUGAUGCGCAUGCGUGAGGACUAUUUCCAGUUGUUGUCUAUGGAUGCUGACGACAGUUGUUGGUACAUAUUUCGCAAGUACAACAUGGUGCCUUUAAUCAAAGUAUUUAUUCUGCGUUGUUUUGUUGUACUCUCAAUGUCUCAGCCUUUUAAUCAGAUUUUUUUAUCCGCCAGUUGGCUGGGAUUUGAUUGUGAUAUGAAUUGUUUGUAUACCCUGACAAUGGCCGGCUUGCUGGGCAGUCUACUAGGUGGCCUACUUAUCGAUCGAUAUGGACGUCGUAGAUUGUGUGUUGUUACACUUUUGCCUGCCACCAUUUUUAUGUUUAUUGCGGGUGGCAUUAUGGACUAUCUGACGCAAGCUGAAGUUGCCAUCAUACCAAUCGAUUUGGAAAUUGUUUCCAUACUCAUUCUAUUGUAUCAGUUCAUCAUAUGUACUGGUGUAUCCACUACCGCUGCUGUCUAUCUAUCAGAGGCAUUCACCGUAACACAAAAGCCGAAGUGCAUUGCCGCUGUAUUGAUUGGAGAGAAUUUAUUGCAAAUCUUAUUGACUGUCAUUUCGUUUAAAAUGACCGUCAGUGCAACGGCUUUGUAUUUCGCAAUGGGCGUCAUGUGUUUACAAUUGGGAUUGUACGUGUUCCUUUGUAUGCCGGAAACAAAAAGUUUAACACUGUUCGAGUGUUUACAGAAAUUUAGAGGAGUUUCUUUAAGCAAAUAGAGGUGAAUGACUGACUGCAUUCAUUUGGUUUAAUAUUUAAGUAACAAAUAUGUACGAAUUUUAUUUCAUUUAUGUAUAUUGUGUGUUCUGGUAUAAAUACAUACAAUAUAAAGUUAGUUUAUUACAGAAAAUAAUGCAUAUUUAUUUAGUAUUACAAAAAUUGUAGAAUUUAUAAACUACUUUAAUAAGAUAUUUAUCAAAAUAAUAAUAAUAAUUACAAAACAAAUUCUGGUCACAGAUCAUCAAAAAUAUUUUGUAGAAACAUGACAUUUUAUCAAAUAUAAAUCUACUAUAUGAUAAAA